GGCAGGGGCGACGCCGUGAGCUCUUAUGGAGGGCUCCGGGGACGAGGAGUCGGAGGCCGAAGGGCCGCUGCAGCAGCUGGUGAAGCGGCAGCGCAGGGAGAAGCGGGAGCUCCAGGCAAAAAUUCAAGGCAUGAAAAAUGUUGUUCCCAAGAACGAUAAAAAGCGAAGAAAACAGCUGGCUGAUGAAGUUGCCAAAUUAGAGGCAGAACUUGAACACAAGCACAAGGAGGAACUAAAGCAGCUGAAGGAAUCUUCACCUGAGCAGAAUAAGACAGAUUCCAUAGCUGAUGGAGUUGCAAAUUUAGAGCUUGAAGGAGUAGAGCAACAAAUUCCCCAUCCCCGAGUAUCAAAAGCACAGAAGAGGCGGGAGAAAAAAGCUGCCUUGGAGAAAGAAAGAGAAGAAAGGAUAGCUGAAGCCGAGAUCGAAAACUUAACUGGUGCUAGACAUCUUGAAAGUCAGAAACUUGCCUCCCUGUUGGCAGCAAGGCACUUGGAGAUUAAGCAGAUCCCUUCAGAUGGCCACUGCAUGUACAGAGCUAUUGAGGAUCAGCUCAAGGAUCGCCACAACUCCUGCACUGUUGCGGCUCUGAGGAACCAAACAGCAAAGUACAUGCAAAGUCACUUGGAUGACUUCCUGCCCUUCCUUACGAACCCCAGCACUGGAGACAUGUACAGCAGAGAGGAAUUUGAAAAGUACUGUGAUGAUAUAGCAAACACAGCUGCAUGGGGUGGUCAGCUGGAACUAAGGGCUUUGUCACACAUCUUGCAAACACCUAUUGAAGUGGUGCAAAUGGAUUCCCCUCCCAUCAUUGUUGGUGAAGAAUAUUCAGGCAAACCAAUAGUCCUUGUGUACAUGAGACAUGCCUAUGGAUUAGGGGAACAUUACAACUCUGUCAAACUUCUAACAGACACUGCUACAGAAAAUGGCAGCUAGCAUAGAAGAGUCAUGAAUCCACAUGGAUAAAAGUUGCAUCUUUGAAUGUUGGGCUCCAGGCAAUUCCCAGACAGACUGGAAAGUGAAACUAAAUGGAGUGGAUGAAAAAUGGGGGGGGGAGGGAAGAAGGACAUAAAAGGUUUGACUAUAAAUGAAAAAUAGCUUUAGAUUUGAAGGAGAGCCAAACCAAACCCACACAACAGUAUUUUGAACUUGUUGGUAUGAAUCUUGUUUACACAAUCUCUAGAAUGAUGACUCUGUAGAUCAGAAAUCCCAUUUUAAGAGUUUCAUCCCUUGCUGCAGUGAAAAUAACCAGUAAUAAAUGUC